CUCUGUUGCCCGAUUCAAUCUGCGUCAAGUACCCAAGCCCCCUCGUUCGUCUCCUUUUCCAUCUUGCCUCCCAAUUGCCGUGGUUAUGGCCUAAGCUAUGCCAAUCCCAUCGUUAUACCCUACUUGACGGAGGUUGGCCGCCAGGAUUUCUAGGUCAAGAAAGUUCAAUAUUGAUGGCUGCACCCAUUCGUUGCGUCCACUACAAAUUACACCCACGGCACCUCCCGACGGUCACUAUGCCUUGCAGGCCCGUUUGAGUCACUGUGAAGGCCGUCGCAACACCUCAGAUGGCCCAGAUGCUCGCGCCUUUGGCAUCCUCCGCUGUCGACCACGAGACCAGCCCUACUUUUGACCCUCCUCCCACUUCAUUUCCCUACCCCAAACGACCGAGAUCAGAGGACGAUUCUCGCGAAUGCUCAGACACUACACUCCACAGUGUAUUGCAUGCACAGGAUUCAGUGAAUGCCAAUGAGCCGGAACAAGACCAUGAACAGAACGGCAGCGUCGAAAGGCCACGCCUUGCUUCGCGUAAGUUCGAGACCGAAAUUGUUCGCCCUAUGUUCUCCAGGACACCGGCACCCGUCAGACGGCACCGGUCAACGGUGAACUACCCUAUUCUACAAAGCGCUGAAUCUCGAACUUCCUCGAGCGAUUCGGACACGUCGACCUUAUCGGAUGAAGACAACCUAGCUGGUUUGCAAAGAGCACAGACACAACCCGCUCACAAUGCGCUGUCCAAAUCCCAACUCAAUCGAGUGCGGAAACACCAGAGGCCAUCACAUCUCAAGGUGGGAAAUGAAUUCUUUCAGUCGGAAGGGAGAAUUGCCAGAGACGGAAGGUUGAACAUCUCAGUCAAUGAAACGACUCAGACAGGCUACCUUGCCAAAGCGCUGGGCGCAACCAUCCGACACCAGCUCGGUCCUGACUACCAAGAGGAGGCGAAACUGGCGGACCAAGCCAAGGCCGAUUUCCUCAGAGACAAACACAACCUUGUCAUUCCUUCAAUGAACAUAGUGAUCAUGGUUAUUGGGAGUCGUGGCGACAUCCAGCCUUUUCUGAAAAUCGGGAAGAUCUUGAGGGACAAGUAUAACCACAGAGUAAGGAUUGCCUCGCACCCAACUUUCAAGCAAUUCGUCGAGAAGGAGGUCGGUCUCGAAUUCUUUUCCGUGGGUGGGGAUCCUUCAGAAUUGAUGGCAUUCAUGGUGAAAAAUCCCGGGUUGAUUCCGUCCCUUGAGGCUGUCAAGUCUGGAGAGAUAGGAAAAAGGCGUGAGUCGAUGUAUCAAAUGUUCCAAGGAUUUUGGAGGGCAUGCAUCAAUGCCACCGACGACGAAACGGACAUCGCCAACCUGGAGAUGAUGCGCUCGAAACCGCCUUUUGUGGCGGAUGCUAUCAUUGCCAAUCCGCCCUCCUUUGCACACUAUCAUUGCGCGGAGAAGCUGAGUAUUCCUCUGCACUUGGUAUUCACCUUUCCUUAUUCCCCCACGCAAGCGUUUCCUCAUCCCUUGGCCAACAUCAAGGCAUCAAACGUUGAUCAGAGGUAUACAAACUUCAUGAGCUAUCCCUUGGUCGAUUUGAUGACCUGGCAGGGACUGGGCGACUUGAUCAACCGAUUCCGUGUCCAAACUCUAGGUUUGGAGCCUGUCUCGACUCUAUGGGCUCCUGGCCAGCUCUCUCGUCUCAAGGUUCCGAUAACAUAUCUUUGGUCACCAGGCCUGGUUCCGAAGCCUCGUGACUGGGGCCCAGAGAUUGACAUCGCAGGCUACGUCUUCCUGGAUCUGGCGACAUCUUAUAAUCCUCCAGAAGACCUAACUAAAUUCCUGGAGAGGUCAGACAAGCGCCCCAUUGUCUACAUAGGCUUCGGGUCGAUUUCGGGGAUUAGCGACCCGGUAGCAUUCACCAAGAUGGUGUUCGAAGCCGUCGAGAAGGUUGGCGUUCGUGCUGUGGUUAGUAGGGGAUGGGGAGGUAUGGGUGAUGGAAUGGAAAAGCCCGAUGGUAUCUUCCUGAUUGACAACGUGCCCCACGACUGGCUCUUCCCUCGCGUCGAUGCAGUGGUUCACCAUGGUGGUGCUGGAACCACAGCUGCAGGACUGAGAUUUGGCAAGCCAACAAUGAUUGUCCCCUUCUUUGGAGACCAGCCAUUCUGGAGCGCAAUGGUCGCAAGGGCAGGAGCUGGUGCCAAAGAUGCGCUUCCCCUCAAGAAACUCGACAGCGACAAGUUUGCCGAGGGCAUCCGCCAGUGCCUUGAACCCGAGGCCAAAGCCAAAGCGCAAGCCAUCGCGAAAAGUAUUGAGGAGGAAGGUGAUGGUGCAGAGAACGCUGUGGACUCUUUUCAUCGACACCUGGAUCUCGAUGGUCCACAUUCAUUGCGUUGCGGCAUCUUUCCAGACCAUGUCGCUGUUUGGGAGGCCAGGCAUACAAGCACGCGAUUGUCGGCACUAGCAGCAGACCUACUGGUGGAAAGUAAACAGAUCCACUGGUCGGACUUGGAGUUAGCCAAAAACCAUGAGUGGACCGACUUUCAAGGACCUGGGGAGCCGAUUACGGGCGCGGGCGGUGUGCUCGUUCAAGCCUUCCAAGAGGCAUGUCAUGGGCUUAUGACGAUGCAUGAGACGGCAAAACGAGACAUCAAGCAUUACGAGAAGCGCAGAAGGAGACAAAAUCAGAAGUCAGCGAUCGAGGGACUGAUCCUACCUGGACGGAUUGCAAUGGCCACACGCGGCACCUCUGUCGACGAGCAGAGGAAAGAACACGCGAAAAUCAUGCGCCAAGUCAAUUUCCACGGCGAGGCAGAGCCAGUGAAGUUGCCCUUUGGUCAAUCCAGUCUCAACAAUGACGCCGGUGGGUACGCCCCCAAGCUGUCUAGGACCACGACGAUGAGUUCAGAUCGGACUUCCCCAAUGGUGGUGAUCUUGAAAGACGUUGGGAGGGGGAUUGGUCACUCUAGCAAAGCCAUCGCGGCACUGCCCUUGCAAAUGUGGAAUGCCCUUGCUCUUGGAUUUCACAACGCACCCCGGUUGUAUGGUGACAAGACCGUCCGGCCUUCUCCCCAAGGUAUCAAUGGAUUUCGCACGGGACUGAGGGUCGCGGGCAAAGAGUUUUGGCUCGGGAUCUACGACGGGGUGACGGGCGUCGUGCGGAUUCCAUACCUCGAAGUGCAGGAGGAUGGCCUGUCUGCUUUGCCCAAAAGUGUUGCGCGAGGCAUCGGCGGGUUGGUGUUGAAACCCGUUUCCGGGGUGCUCGGACUAGGGGCGUAUACCGCGAAAGGAGUGCACAAUAGUGUUCGGCGACGAGUACGAGACACCCAAAAGACAGAACGAUGGAUCCGACAGGCGAGGGUCGCGCAAGGGCACAGAGAAGCUCAAAGGUUGCAGGAACGGCGAACAAACAGUGGCUCGGAGUCGCCUCAAGCACACUGUCCCAUGCUGCCCGACCUUGCAGAGGCUCGCAAGCACGCACUGCACCUGUGGACAACAUACGAGAAGGACAAGGUGGCAGAGGAACGAGAAAAAGAAAAGCGACUCCUUCUGCUAAACAAGACGCGUGGUGGAAAUACUUGAUGGGCACAUGCUCAAGGUGGACUUGCACCAUGCUUCCCACUGCCCAAGCGACACGCUCUUCCAGCCCCUCCUCGGUUCAAAGUCCCUGACGAUCCAAAACCUCAUUAUGUCAUUUACGUGAUUGUUCAAUUGCCGGUCAUUCACCAAUCAGGUGUCGGCGAUAAGCUGCGGAACAGGCGAUGCGGGGAGACGGAAAGAAGAGAAGAUGGAGGGGCUGCAUGCGGGCGUAACGCCACAAAUCAUGGCUUCGGAUAGUGGGAGUUGCGUUCUUUUUGUUGCUGGCUUGACGAUACCCCAUUCUGUUAGAUGGUUUUGUUUUGUUCAUGCCACGGCCAGGUCAUUAGAGGGACGGGGGACAGGACCUACACGUACACCUCGCUUAGAAGAACAAAAUGAGCAAAGAGACGUAGGCCCUGACUUGGAGAAGGUGUUGGCGGGAGGAAAAAUUUUUUUCCAGACAGGCGGUAGGAGCUGGAUUGGGUACCCGAAGUGCUUUGGUGUUGGCUGCUGCAAGGUACAGGGAGCCCAGAACCUAAGGCGCGAGAAAAGGAACCAAGUAAUACAUGGC